CGGUCGCAGGCUCGUAGAGCAAUCUUUUUUGGAAUAAUGUCAGAUUAUUUUAUCGGUUUUCAAAUUCACGCGAUAAACGCCAAUGAGUUUUUCGAAGAAUCAACCUAUCUUUUCUUAAUUUAUGUAUAUUUCGCAAUUUCCACAUUUGUUGCUACGUAUAUAUCCAUGGCUACUUGGGCAUAUACUAGUGAAAG